AGAGACUGACGCAGGCGCAGAGGUGCGCUUGUUGUACUCUGUCUCUCGCCGCCCCGCUAGACUCUGUUGCUGGACACACACACGGGACUUUGUCAAAUUUCAGAGCUGUUCUUAGUGAUGUCCGAGAUGGACGACUUUAGCUUGCCGGGAGACGGGACGGAGGCAAUAUCGAACGGAAUUCCCAAUGGCAUUUCCAAUGGUACUUCAGAACAUCGUGAGCACAAAGAACAUAAACACAAGCACAAAGAUCGAGAUAGGGAGAAGGAUCGCCACAGAGACAAAGAUCGCCACAAGAGUUCCCACAAGGAUAAGGACAGAGAUAAAGAUCGGCAUUCAUCUGGUCAUAAAAGCUCUCACAAAGAUAAGGAGCGUGACAAGGAACGCAGCAGUGACAAGGAACGCAGUAAGGACAAGGUACAAAGUGAUAAAGACAAACACAAAGAAAAGGACAGAGAACGAAGUGAGAAGGAAAAACACAGGGAUAAGGACAAGGAAAGGAGUGAAAAAGACAAACACAGAGAAAAAGAUAAAGAAAGAAGUGAAAAGGACAAACAUCGUGACAGAGACAAACAUAGAGAUAAGGACAAAGAACGCAGUGAACGGGAAAAAUCUCGCGACAAAGACAAGGAUCGCCAUCGUGAUGAUAAGAAGCACAGUAGUAGUAGCAGCAAUGGUGAGAAGAAGGAGCGGGAUAAAGAGCGUGACAAGGACCGUCACUCUACCUCUAGUCAUAGGAGUCCACACAAAGAAAAGGACAGAGACCGUGAUAGGCACAAAGAUAAAGAGAAGAGUCGGGACAAAGAAAAGGAGAAAGUGAAGAUUGAAGUGAAGACUGAGGUGAAUGUUGAAAUUGAAAAUGAGCCAGACCCAAUACCACAUAAGGAUCUGGUCAUCAAAGAAGAGACCAUUGAAUCAGAGGAAGAGGACAAGUUGGUGAUAAAUGAACCCAUAAAAGAAGAGCCGGUAGAGGAGGAAGAUGAUGAUAUUCCCCUGGUGAGUAAUGAAGAGACUAAGGAAGAGAUGGAUGAUGAUGAGGAUGUGGGGGAGGAGGAGGAUGACAUCCCAUUGUCUCACCGGAAACGUAUAAAAGAUGAGGAGGAGGAUGAUGACGAAAAGCCAUUGGCCAUCCGGAAGAAAGUAAAAACAGAGCCUAAAGAGAAAAAGAGGAAAAAAGUAAAAGAGGAGGAUGAUGAAGAUGACUUUAAACCAGAGAAAAAGAAGGUUAAAAAAGAGAAAAAGGAAAAGAAAGCGAGGGGAGCUAAAUUAAACAGCAGUCAAGAUUCACUACCUGAAUCGCCUAGCAAAAAGGGCAAGAAGGAAGAUGAGCCAGUUUGGAAAUGGUGGGAAGAGACUAAACGAGACGAUGGACUUAAAUGGACUUUCUUGGAACACAAAGGGCCAUUAAUGGCAGAAGCAUAUGUGCGAUUGCCAAGCCACGUCAAGUUUUAUUAUAAUGGGGAACCAAUGGAGCUUAGUGAAGAGACUGAGGAGGUGGCAGGGUUUUAUGCUCGAAUGUUAGACCAUGCGUAUACAACUAAAGAAGUUUUUAAUACAAAUUUCAUGAGAGAUUGGAGAAAGGUUAUGACACCAAAGGAGAAAGAAAUUAUCACAGACUUAAAGAAAUGUGAUUUCCGGCGGAUUCAUGCUUUCUAUGUGCAACAAAAUGAAGAAAGAAAGAAUCGUACUAAAGAAGAAAGGAAAGCCCUCAAAGAAAAGAAUGAAGCUUUAAUUGUUGAAUAUGGAUGGUGCAACAUAGACGGUCACAGACAACGGAUUGGAAACUUCAAGAUAGAACCUCCAGGCUUGUUUCGAGGUCGUGGGGAGCAUCCAAAACAAGGCAUGCUGAAGAAGCGCACAAUGCCAGAAGAUGUCAUCAUCAACUGUUCAAAAGAUUCUGCGAUACCUAAACCACCAUCUGGACAUAAAUGGAAAGAAGUUAGAGCAGACCCUUCGGUAACUUGGUUAGCAUGUUGGGUGGAAAAUGUGCAGGGUCAAACAAAAUAUGUAAUGCUUAAUGCUGCCUCCAAACUUAAAGGUGAAAAGGACUGGCAGAAAUAUGAAAUGGCUCGAAAACUUCAUCAGCAUGUGGACAGAAUUCGUGAACAGUAUAGAUUAGAUUGGAAAAGUAAAGAGAUGCGAAUAAGACAAAGAGCUGUAGCUCUGUAUUUCAUUGAUAAGUUAGCCCUUCGAGCGGGCAAUGAGAAGGAUGAAGAUCAAGCAGAUACGGUGGGUUGCUGUUCUUUGCGUGUUGAGCACAUAACACUGCAUGAAGAAAAGAAUGGCAAAGAAUAUGUUGUCGAAUUUGACUUCUUGGGUAAAGAUUCAAUUCGCUACUAUAAUGAAGUCAGCGUGGAAAGGAGGGUAUUUAAGAACCUACAACUAUUUAAGGAAAACAAGGAAGAUGGAAAUGACCUCUUUGAUCGUCUUAAUACGCAAAUCCUUAAUAAACAUUUGAAUGAACUGAUGGAUGGCCUAACUGCAAAAGUUUUCCGUACAUACAAUGCCUCUCGUACCCUACAAGAACAGCUAGAUUUACUCACAAAUGAUGAUGAUCCUAUCCCUGCCAAAAUCUUAUCGUAUAACAGAGCAAACCGAGCAGUUGCAAUAUUAUGUAACCAUCAGCGUGCCGCCCCCAAGACCUUUGACAAAUCAAUGGCGAGUUUGCAGAAGAAGAUGGAGGAUAAGAAAGAACAGGUUGAGGAGGCAAUGAAGGAAUGCUCACAAUUAAAAAAGGCAGUAAAAUCAUUUGGCUCUCAAAAAGAUAAAGCAGCUUACGAGAAGAAGAAGAAAGCUUUGGAACGUUUGAAGGAACAGUUGGAGAAGCUGGAACUCUCUGCAACAGACAAGGAAGAAAACAAAACUAUUGCCUUGGGUACUUCAAAGCUCAACUACUUGGAUCCUCGUAUAUCUGUAGCAUGGUGCAAGAAAUAUGGAGUACCAAUUGAGAAGGUUUACAAUAAGACUCAACGGCAGAAGUUCCAGUGGGCAAUUGAGAUGGCAACUGCAGACUAUAAUUUCAUGGGAGAACCAAUGAACAUUAAGCCUGAGGAUGAAGAGGAGGAGGAAGAUGAGUAGGCAGUCUUCUAUCAUAAACUGUCUUGAGAAUGACCAAAGAUGAUAUUUUGGUAAUUUGUAGUGAAGAUGUAUUCUCAGAGUAUCUUGUACAUCUUACCCUAGAGAUCCAUUGUGGUCCACUGUUUUUAAAAUCACUAUAUUAUAGUGAAAAUGUGCAACUGUGAAACAGAACAUAAGAAUUUAAUUAUAGAACUAUUUUAUUGAGGUUCAAUUGUGUACCUUGAGUAUUUAUUACACAUCCAUAAUUUUAAGUGUUUGUAUGUAGUUUUGCUAUGCUAAACUAUUUUGCGUGUAUAAAUUGAUUUUUCUAUUAAAUAGUGUAGGUCUGGAAAUGUUAACAGAAAUAAAAGGUUUUUACUGAACACUUUGACUUCAGGCCCUGUGGGUUGAUUGGUUUGUACGUAUUUAUGAUUUAUAUUAAAGAUCAUUUAUUAUUUUAUAUGAAUUGUCAUAUAUAGAAGUGUAGUAAGUAUACAUCUUAAAUUAUUGGCCUAUAAAUAUGAAAUUGUUGAAGAAUCUCGUAUGGAGAGUGAGUGACUUCACCUGAGUGGGCAUUUUGCAGUGGCUAAUUAACAGCCCUUUUAUGGUCACGUGCCACUGCAUAAUUUGACAGUGAUCAAAAUCCUCAAAGAAUACACAGGUAGUUUUUAUAAUUGAAUAGUGAAUUAUCAUCAUACCAUAUUUAAAGUGUUAAACUGGAAAGAGAAGACUGAAUUUUGUGACUUGGGCAGUGAAGUCUCUCUGGUCUCUCUUAAAGUUUAACUAUGACUGACUUAAAUAAGAAGCUAACUCGUAUUCUAGGUAAGUCACCACUGAUAUUAAAACUGCACUUUAUUUUAAAUUGGUGUAUCUAGGCAGAGUUCAAAUUUACAUUAUACAUCAGUAUUUAUUGAAGAGGGUUUCAUAGUUGAAAAGUAACACUCUGGUCUUUCAACCCAAGAGGUAGGUUUGAGCCUUUGACUAGGCAGGGUUAGCAAGACAUUAUUUGCUGUAGCAUGUAACACAAGCCAGUCACUGUUUUCGUCAGAGUUCUAGGCUAAUUAUCAGUUAUGCCUAUGAGGUGCCACCCUAUGUUUUUAUAAUUAUGUAAAUUGACUUUUGGGGCUUAGUUACAGGAUGGUUGUGUUGGGCAGCUAGUGGUAUGUACUGUAUGGCUGUUUACCACAUCCCUUGCUGGCUGUCAAUUAGAAUAGCUUUUUAAGACGUCUUUUAAGUUAUAAUUGGUGUAACUUUUUGGUAAAUUUAUGGAAUUUGAUUGUGUUGGCUGAUGCACCAGUGGAAUACUUGAUACAUAAGGGGUCAUGAUGUAGGCAUCCUAUGUGAAAAUAUGUAUACUGUAAACCAGGAUGUAUAGCCUUUCAAGAAACUCACGGGACCAUUAAAGUAAACAAGUUAUUCUGGACCUAGUUGUUGGAACUUGGCUAAAAUUGGACUUAACAUUAUGGUCUGUGUUUUCACAUCUCUAAAAUUUAUAAUAGAUCUUCCCAGUUCAGCUGGCCAUUCCAUACCAUUAUGUGAUAUGCACUGUGUACAUAAUUAUUAUCAUCAAUAAACCUUCAUCAUGGAAA